GCCGAAUCGGAUGGAAGGAAGGCAGCCAGGCAGGCCCCGCUGCCCGACUGACCGUCCUCGACGUCUGUUGUACCUUUACUCCGGUCUGCGCGUUCUUCAGGAACGUACGUGCCGUUCUCCCAACCGCGUGAUUCCGCCUCGCAAAGGCAGACGUCAACCGUGACCGGUGCAACGUGCAUAUUCUGUCUGUAGUUUCGAAUUCACUGGUAACUGGUAGAAGAUCGGCCAGCCGAAGCAAGAUCGACUAAUCGACGAUCCAGCUGUCUUGUUCCUUACCUUCUGCACCAGUUCGUCCACCAACGAGAAUUUAGUUUUUACCGGCUACGCAAAAAGAUAUCAGUGAUAUGGCUCAGUUGAUCAACGUCAAGCUCUCCAGAUUCGACGGAUCCCCCUGGGGCUUUCGUCUCCAGGGAGGAAAGGAUUUCGGCACUCCGCUCGUCGUGCAAAAGGUUAAUACCGGAUCACCAGCGGAAGCAGCUGGGCUGAAGGCCGGCGAUGCAGUUAUCAGGGUCAAUAACACGGAGGUGUACAAUCUGAGGCACAAGGACGCGCAGGACGUUAUCGUGAAAGCUGGAAACAACUUCGAGCUGACCGUACAGAGAGGCGGUGGUACCUGGAAACCACACGUGUCUCCGAUAAGUUCCACCCUAACGUCGCCAUCUCCCACCGGAGGGCUCGGCAAUAUCGUUCCAGUUACGAAAACAUCCUUGGCAGCCAAGAAACAAGAUGGAUCGCACAUCGGAAGCGGUCACAACUUUAGUCCAAAACCAUUCCUUAACGGAACAGGAGACGGUUCGAUCAAGUCUAUCGUAAACAAACAGUACAACAGCCCAGUAGGUAUCUACAGCGAGGAAACAAUAGCGGAAACUCUUUCCGCGCAAGCGGAAGUUUUAGCCGGUGGUGUGCUCGGAGUGAACUUUAAGAAGAACGAGAAGAAUUACAAUGCCGAGAACAGCGAGGUAUUCAAGAUGGUUCAAGAAGCAGACAAAGAACCAAAGACGCUGGAACCUGUUCCUCCGAGAACAGAGUUUUACUCGGCGGUGAGCCAUGCCGUUGGCGGAAGGGCCACUUCGCCGAGAUCACCCACGCCUCUCUUUCAUGCCCUCCACGGUAGUGGUCCGGCCUUCAAUUCAAAUGAAAGUCCGUCGAAACGUCAAGUGCAACGACAGGAGUCCUCUUCUUCCUCCUCGGGGCCAUCCGGUGUCCGUUGUAACAACUGCGACCGAGUGAUCGUGGGUGUAUUCGUACGGAUCAAGGAUAAAAAUCUUCACGUAGAGUGUUUCAAAUGCUCCACCUGUGGCACAUCGCUCAAGAACGUCGGAUAUUACAAUAUCAACAACAAACUGUAUUGCGACAUUCACGCGAAAUUAGUCGCCAGGCAAAAUGCACCUUCUGGCAUGGUUCCAAUUACCAUACCGCCAGGCGGAAAGGCUCCGGCGAGCACGAUUUCCGCUGCACUCGCGAGUGCACCGUUGUCUCCACCCUUGAGCAACCACGCGGCAUCGCCUCAACCAUUCUCUCCCACCCGCCUUGGCACUUCGCCCGUCGAUCCACCCAGUUUCCGAUCAGUCCAGGCUCCAACGUCGAACAAUUUAAUUGGUCCUAAACCCUUUGGAGGAUCCAGCACUCUAUCAUCGAAUCUGUCCUCACCUCCGCUAGUGAACUCGGGAAGUAGCACUCUACCGCGACCUCAGAGUCAGACUGUGACCGAAAACUCGACGGAAACCCACGAAAAGUCCUACUAUUACGAGAUCGUCGAGGACACCAAGACCAAGUACCAUCCCAGUUCUGUUAAAUCGAAAAGCCUCACCUGGCCACCUCCAAAGCCUAUCGAAGAUAUCACUUAUCCCACUGCCAGUCCUUUAUACAUCGAUCCGAACCCUGCCCUCGAUCGAAGAAGUAGACAAGCGGUGAAAGAGAAGAAAGCCUGCAUCGAAGCCUGCGAGAGAGCUCUGACGAGGAAGAGGUGCGAGAGCACGGAUCGCGAGGUGGAAAGAGUCACCAGACAGUGCCAUCGCUUUGGAGAAGAUCCUAUGGAUCGAGUCAGUUGUCCAGGACCAGCUUACAGGAAGGUCGAGCUGGUGGAAAGCACCGGUGUACAAUCGCAAAGCGAAGUAACUUCGAGACCCAGCUCGACGGACAGUGUCAGAAGAUCUUUGACACCGACCAGGAUCGUUCAACCCAUACCAAAACCAUGGACAGCCACCGUUUCGACGGGCAGUAAUCUCUAUGAGCAGAGCUACGGGGGAGUCGAGCCUACUAAGGUGUGCAAGAAGUUCCAUCAGAAGGAAAUCUGCCAAAGAGAGCAGAUAUGCGAGAGGAAUCAGCCUGUUCGGGAAGAACAUCGUUCGUACCGGUCGUCAGUCUGUCGAAGAGAGCAGACCAUCUGCCAGAAGCCACCAUUGCCGACUCAGCACGUGGUGAAGCAAGAGGAAGCGAAGGAAGAGGUAACAGAAAUUGACAAGGAAGUGACAGACUUGAGACCAGCGGAUGAGAUCGCGGACGAAGGAACCGACGAUCUGGAUAUCAAGGGAGAGCACGACUUUAUAACGGAAACAUCAGAGGAGGACCUCGAUGGAAUGCACGUGAAAAAGAAAAUGACGUUCGAGAAAACUAUGGAGAAGAUCCCGUCCCCGGCACGUCCUAGUACUCCCCUAGUACAGGAAUCGAGACAGGAAGAGAUUGAGGAAACGGUGCAAGAAUCGGAGGAGGAAGUAGAGAAGACCGAAGAAACUUACACGAGAAAAACCACUACGCAGGUCAAUAGAGAAGUCGAGGAGUCCGGGGAAAAGACGGUCGUUGAAUCUGCCGAAGUAGUUACCUCUGCUGUGGAUGUACAGCAGAUGCUGGAGAAGGCGAAACGGGAAGAGGAAGAGAGAAAGCGUGAAGAAGAGGAAGAGGAAAGACGAAAGCAGGAGGAGGAAGAGAGAAAAAGACGCGAGGAAGAGGAACAGAGAAGAAGACGAGAAGAGGAACGAAGGAGACAAGAGGAAGAAGAAGAAAACAGAAAACACGUGACUUUUGAAGAAGAGGAAGAAGUGGAAGAAGUUCGAGAGAAACCUCUGGGAAGAACAAUUGUUCGCGAGGAAAGGGUGACGGAAGCCGACAGUGACACUCCAGGACGCAAGAAACUCAUCAAAGAAACUUACGAAGAAAUCACGGAAGAAGUGUUGGUUCAGGAACGUAUUAGAAGAAAAGGCAUCGAAGAUGAACGCAAGAAGAGUUUAAGGGAACAGGUACAAGUCCAUCAAAGUUUGCGAGAUCAGCAAGCACCGAAAGAUCGACGCGUAUGUUCCAAGUAUCCUCCAGCUCAGGAAAUCAUGGAGACCAAUAAAAAGCGUGUCCAGUUUAUGAAACAAACUGACACAGGUCCGAAACCGAUACCGCAUUCUGCGCUCCAAAAUGCCACUCCUAAAGAGUGGAAGUCCGAAAUGGUCAGCGCUUUAACAACCGCUCCUGAUCGACCUUACACGCCUCUCAGUACGUCUUCCAGCGUAAAGGAAGUGUACACGGAGGAAACGAUAUACUUGGAUCAUAGGUGUCGACCUAAACCGCCACCAAAAGAAGACAUUCGACCGAUUUCUCCAUUUCAGGAAGCACUCACGAUCGCUCCAGAACGGCCCUAUACACCUCUUAGUCGCGAAAUCGGGCCUGAGGAUCAAAAUAUCGGCAGUCGUUCUACGACUCCGGUUCUUCGGGGAGAGGGUGGACCUUAUCCUCCACCAGCUGAUAUUCUCUACGGUGAGGGAAAACGGAGAGACGCCCGCAUGGAAGCGUGCCCUAAAGAAACUCCUCGACCUUUGCCAACUCCGCCGCCUGAUUUUCGUUUAAGAGAUACUUCCGUGUCUCCAGUGAGAUCCCGACCUCACACACCGAGCAAAGGUAUAACAGCCUCUUUGAAGAAACCGGACACUAUCCCCUCUUAUCAAAGAAACUUAGUGGCAAUGAGAAGAGGUGCAGUCGAAAGUCACACUUACGUACCAAGUAGGACUCCAACUCCAACUCCAGGAAGAUCGAAAUCUCCUGCUCAAGGACCGCCAGAACCUCCACCUUGUUACGUCAAAGCCCAUGCACCCAGAAUCAGGGAAGACCCUCCACCUGCAAAGGCAAGCUCCAUACACUUCCCUACCAAGAAGAGCGUUUCUUAUAAAAUAGACGAAGACACUGACGAUGGACAUAGACACGCCGAGUAUGCAGCCACUAAAACCUCAGCCUUAGACGAGAAGCAAAUCGACAAGGGGGGCCAACCACCCAUAGACGCGGUUCAUGCUCAGUAUCAAGAGAAACGAUACAUGACUAGCGAGGAAACGAGCGAGGAGAAGCAAUCGGUAGUGAAGAGAUCGCUCGAAGUUACCGAAGAUUUCGAGAGAUGCGAGAAGAAAAGUGUAUCUCGGCCUCUACCGGAGCCACAAAAGAAACCACCCAAAGCCACUUGUGCUAUUAGAGCAGUAAGUCCCUCUAAACCUUCCCUACCUUGCCCAAUGGCCUCGAGAAUGGAACCAAGCCCUGCCCCGCAGCCGGUUUACAGUAGCUCGACGGAAGUACGUCACGUCAGCUAUGGGACUCCACCACCGAAACCUUGUCCAGACACCGGUGUGACGGUAUUGCCUUGCAAGGCUCACUCUGACCAAGGUACCAAAGCAGGCGUAGUCGUGGUACCUUGCGAAGGACCGAACGUUUGCUGCCAAAAGUCAGGCGUCUGCGUGGUCCCAACACCUGAUCGCUCGGGAGUAUGCGUCUCUCCCUGCUUUGGCAUGAAAACCGGAACAUGUGGCCAACCGUCUGGUCGUUGCGGCCGAGAAUCUGCCUGCGAGAUCGAAAUUCCAAGCAACUGUCCGGAGUCAGGAGUCUGCGUGUCACCGUGUCCCGACGGAUCCGUCUGCGUAGCUCCUUGCAGCAAGCCUGGAGUACCUCCUUCGAGGGCAAAGCUCCCGUUCCCUCAGAUCCCUUUGCCCUAUGAAGAAGCUCCUGCGCCGAGUCCUCAAUGUAAAAAUUCCUUCGAGCCUAUCCACAAGCCUCGCACUAAUCUGAGUGGGCAGCUCGCGCGACUGACUGCCAAAACCGGCCAGAACGUUCCCACUGUGCAAUUGUAUAAGCCCCAAGCUCAGAGCCAAAGUCAGAACUGCAGCGAGACCAAGAGCUAUUGCUGUAAAACCCAAAGCUAUUGUUGUUCCACCGAAACCCGUUGCCAGUCAAAUGGUCAAUGUUCGAUCAACACCCGUUGUCAAACCGGAAAUCAAUGUGAGACCCCAAAUUACUGUCAGGACGGUAUCCAUUGUGAACCCUCUAGUAAUACCCACAGUUUAGUAGACCCACCAAAUUUGUCAUCCCACCCGGAUCUAGGUACCGGAGUCGGUGGUCUCGGUGGUGCCGGGUCGAAGAGCGGAUCUUUCGCUGGUAGCAGCGCGCCAAAGCGAGGAAGGGGAAUCCUAAAUCAAGCAACUGGACCGGGAUCACGAUUGCCCCUCUGCGCCCAUUGCAACUCUUACGUCAGGGGACCAUUCAUUACCGCUUUGGGACAAAUUUGGUGCCCCGAUCAUUUCGUGUGCGUGAACACCCAAUGUCGUCGACCUCUUCAAGACAUCGGAUUCGUAGAGGAAAAGGGACAACUCUACUGCGAGUACUGCUUCGAACGCUUCAUUGCUCCAAGUUGCAACAAAUGCAACAACAAGAUCAAAGGCGAUUGUCUGAACGCAAUUGGAAAGCAUUUCCACCCUGAAUGCUUCAAAUGUUCCUACUGUGGCAAACUCUUCGGAAACAGCCCAUUCUUCCUCGAAGAAGGACUGCCCUACUGUGAAGCGGAUUGGAACGAGCUGUUCACGACAAAAUGUUUCGCGUGUGGAUUCCCAGUCGAAGCUGGAGAUCGCUGGGUGGAGGCCCUGAACAAUAAUUACCACAGCCAGUGUUUCAACUGCACGAUGUGCAAGAAGAAUCUUGAAGGCCAAAGUUUCUACGCGAAGGGUGGCCGUCCGUUCUGCAAAAAUCAUGCGCGUUAAAGCUUCACUCUCUGAUCUAACGCACGAAAAAAAGGGGGUAAAAUAGUGGAGAGGGGGGUGUCGUAUGAGAAAAAUAGGAAAAGCGGAAAAAAAUACAAAGAAAAUGCGUAUCUUAGCUUUACGAGCACGAAUUCUUUCUGCACAAAUUGUAUCUCAUCGUAAUUCUUUCUUCUUUUUCUGCUUCUUCUUCUUCUUCUUCUUCUUUUUCUUCUUCUUCUUCAUCUUCUUGUAUGUUUUC